AGCUGAAGUUACUGUAUGUAUGUAUUAAUAACUGUCUCUGUCUCUUCUUUCCACAGAGCUUUUAAAGCGGGAGACCAGAAGGACUCACUUGCUCCGGCUUCUGUUCCGCCAAAGUACUCCUUUGCUCCCAGCACAACCAUUAACAAGAUGGCGAGGCCAUUUACAGCAGGUGGUGCUGGUGGUGGUACUGCCAGCUCAGGACCCGCAAUUAAACCUGUGGCAUACUCCCCUAAACUUAACACCCCGAGCUCUCAGGGCCGUGCCAGUGUGAAGCAGCCACAGAAUGGUUGUAUGGAAAAUCUUGACAAGGGGGAAGCCUUCUAUGGUGAUGUUUACCCAGAGGCCAAGCACGGCCUCAGGAUGGAGAACCUGCCCUGUUUUAUCCCCAACGACCGCAGCAAGAAGAGGCUGAUCCAGGACACGGAGGACUGGCAGCCGCGCACCGGCACCACACAGUCCCGCUCCUUCCGCAUGCUGGCCCAGCUCACAGGCACCGACUAUAUGCAGGACCCAGAUGAUGAAAUCCUGAAGAGGUCCAGGGAAAAGUUCCUCACAGAGAUUCAGAGUCCCCGCUAUGCCCGUCUGAGGGACUGGCACCACGACCGGUCUGCUCGCGCCCUCAAUAUCAAAUCCUGCCUUGAGCCAACUCCCUCACCUGCCAAGGCCCAGGCAGCAGACAAACCAGAUGGCACUAAGACUGCAGCGGCCCCAGCACGCAGCUCGGGUCCCUCCUCUCGACCCCCGUGGGUCACUGACCCUAAUUUUGCUGACCGCUUCCGGCCAGAUAAGACCAGCACCGUGGUGACCCAGCACCAGCAGCCGGCCCAGCCCACUCCCAUGCAGAACCGCAGCUCCAUCCUGCAGGCAGCGCAGCAGGCGCCCGAAGAGAGCGGCAGGACCCCGCUCUGUGGGGCCUGCAACAAAAUCAUAAGGGGUCGGUACCUGGUGGCGUUGGGCCGUUCCUGGCACCCGGAGGAGUUUACGUGUUCGCAGUGUAAGGUGGUCCUGGAGGAGGGCGGCUUCUUCGAGGAGAGAGGGUCUGUCUACUGCACCAAGUGCCACGACAACCGAUACGCUCCCAACUGUGUCAAGUGCAAAAAGAAGAUCACCGGGGAAAUCAUGCAUGCCCUGAAGAUGACCUACCAUGUUGAGUGUUUCAAGUGUGCAGCCUGCAAGACUGCCAUCAGGAACCAAGCCUUUUACAUGGAGGAGGGAGAACCCUACUGUGAGAAAGACUAUGAGAAGAUGUUUGGCACCAAAUGCCACGGCUGUGACUUUAAGAUUGAUGCCGGCGAUCGGUUUCUGGAGGCCUUGGGCUACAGCUGGCAUGAUACGUGCUUCGUCUGUGCUCUCUGCCAAAUCAACCUGGAGGGGAAGACGUUCUACUCAAAGAAGGAUAAGCCCCUGUGCAAAGGCCAUGCCUUCGCUCCAGUGUGAGAGCGAGCUCCGUCUUCAGAGGAAGGAACGCUUCUCUCCCUGCUCUCUUCACCCCGCUCCGCCCUCAGGCACACUCGCACACGUUCUACAUCUCUUCUUUGCCGGCCACACACCGAGUCACCCUUUUUUCUACCCUACAGACUUUGUUUCUAUAUAUGAGGCUUACCGUUACAUACUGUUACUUUGCUAAUAAAACAGUCCACAUGUUACUGCCUGUAAUAACGAAUGCUGUUGUGUUGUAAAACUGGAAGUAGUCAAGGAAUUGUUUCAUGUCAUCACCAACUUUUUAAGUCCUAUUGAGAAUCAGACCUUUGAAAAGUGCCCCUGCAGUUCAUCUACAUUUAAUUGUAGUCGUUAGUGAAGAUUUUUCACAACUCUACUAAUGUCCUCCUUGUUCAGUCUGAAGUAUGAUCAGGUCAGUACUCCCCAGUUGAAAGGAGUCAUUUAGCCUUUAAUAAUGUCACAUAUUGCAGUAAUGAUCUGCCACUACUCCUCUGCUAAGUGUGGAGAAGUGGUGGCCUCGUUCAGGACCCCGGCCCACUCAUGACUCCUGCUGCAGUGCCUAUUAACGUAAUGGCGACCAGUCAAGCAGAAAAGGGGGUGUCCCAUUUCUGCUCGGCUGGACCCUGCUCCUCUCCACAGAAGCAGCAGAAUGUUCUCUGAUGAGCCGCAGCUAAAGGGAGGAGGGGAGUAGUUAACGUCCUGUAUUAAUCCUCAAUUGAUCCACUUUUAAAUGUCACAGCGACAUAAAGAACGUGCUACUCUUGUUUUAAAUGUUCCACUGCUAGGAGAUGAAUCAAAGCCUUUGAAAUUAUCAUUUAUUUUUGACAUUUAAAUGUAAAACAAAAACACGUGAUUUUGUCCCUCGUGUUACCUGAUAUUGUGAUUAUUCCUCAGAGUGCUUUCCUGUCAUGGCUGGAUAUGUAUUUAUAUUGCUGCAGAAUGGGCCUGUAAGUGUUUUUAUAGCUGUUGGGCGUUUCAAAUAAGAUAAUGCAGUAAUGCCAAGCACUGAACCCAUCUGUAAGAUUUUCCAUUGAUUGAUGUUCUGGCUCUCUCUGCUCUCACCAACACCUGCUCCCCAACAAGAGAACAAUGGACUUAUGUUUUUAUUUUUGUUGUGAGUACUAAAAGUGCUCUAAAAAAACAGCUGUUGUAAAAACCCUGGAUAAAAGACCCUAGUACAUCC